CUCGCACCGUGCAGUUCGUGAGGAAAAGCGGAAAACCCAAGGAAACCCAGAGCGUUGCAUGCCCCGCGAUUCGGGGCUCGUGUCCGUGUACUGUGUACCUGUGUGCCCGCGUGCUCGUCUGUGUGUGUGCUAGCUUAGGUGGCCGAAAGAUGAGAUUGAAAUGAAAAUCCGGCAGCUCUAAUCACAGCCAGCGAUCGUCAGCAAUAAGCGAAAGAAAAACUAAAUGAAAAUGCGCAAUCACAAGGAGAACGGAAACGGCUCCGAAAUGGGCGAGUCCAAGAACUUGGCCAAAAUGGAGCCGGAGAACAACAACAAGAUAUCGGUGGUGUCCGUAUCGAAGCUCCUGCUCAAGGAUAGCAAUGGGGCUAGCAGCCGGAGCAGCAACAGCAAUGCCAGCUUCAGUUCCGCAUCGGUCGCCGGUUCUGUACAGGAUGACCACAACAACAGCAGCAACCAACUGGGACAGCUGGGCCAGCACCACGGAUCAUCGAUGGACCAGUGUGGACUGACCCAGGCCGGCCUCGAGGAGUACAACAAUAGAUCCUCCUCGUACUACGACCAGACGGCCUUCCAUCACCAGAAGCAGCCAUCCUAUGCCCAAUCCGAGGGCUACCACAGCUAUGUGUCAAGUUCGGAUUCCACAUCGGCCACGCCAUUUCUGGAUAAAUUACGUCAGGAGAGCGAUCUGCUGUCGCGGCAGUCGCAUCAUUGGUCGGAGAACGAUCUGUCCUCCGUUUGCAGCAACUCCGUGGCGCCUUCGCCCAUUCCGCUGCUGGCCCGCCAGUCUCACUCCCAUUCCCACUCCCAUUCUCACGCGCAUUCCCAUUCGAGCUCACAUGGCCAUUCCCACGGCCACGCCCACGCCCACUCCGCCUCUUCAUCCUCAUCCAGCAACAACAAUAGCAACAGCAACAGCAACGGCAGCGGUACCAACAACAACAACAACAACAGCUCGGAGAGCACUUCCUCCACGGAAACCCUCAAGUGGCUGGGCUCCAUGAGCGAUAUAUCCGAAGCAAGUCAUGCCACCGGCUACAGCGCCAUCUCCGAAUCGGUUUCCUCCUCGCAGCGGAUUGUGCACAGCUCCCGGGUGCCGACACCCAAGCGUCAUCAUAGCGAGAGCGUGCUGUACCUGCACAACAACGAGGAGCCAGCCGACGACUCGCCCGCUGCGAGCAACUCCUCCCAGAUGAUGAUCUCCGAGGAGGCGAGUGCCGAGGCAUCCCCACCAUCGGUGCAGCCUCUUCGCAUCCAGCACCGCCACAGUCCCAGCUAUCCGCCCGUGCACACCUCGAUGGUGCUGCACCACUUCCAGCAGCAGCAGCACCACCAGCUGCAGGAUCACCAGCAUCCGAACCGCCACCACAGCAACCAGUCCCAGCUGGGCACACAAAGUUCCCUGCUGGAGUUGGCCUCGCCCACGGAGAAACCUCGCUCCCUCAUGGGACAAUCCCAUUCCAUGGGCGAUCUGCAGCAGAAGAAUCCGAUUCAAAGCCAAAUGCUGGGACGAUCUUCUGGCCAGCAGCACAAGUCCAGCAUUUCGGUGACCAUUUCCAGCAGCGAGGCAGUGGUCACCAUUGCUCCACAGCCCCCAGCUGGUAAGCCCAGCAAGCUGCAGUUGUCCCAGGGCAAGUCCGAGGCACGCAGCUGCAGCACACCCAAUAUGGGGGAGCAGAGUCCCACGAACAGCAUCGAUUCCUAUCGCAGCAACCACCGCCUGUUCCCGGUGAGCACCUACACGGAGCCGGUGCACAGCAACACCUCGCAGUACGUGCAGCAUCCGAAGCCGCAGUUCAGCUCCGGGCUGCACAAGCCCGCCAAACUUCCUGUGAUAACGCCAGCGGGCGCCACUGUGCAGCCCACCUGGCACUCGGUGGCCGAGAGGAUCAACGACUUUGAGCGCAGUCAGAUGGCGGAGCCACCGAAGUUUGCCUACCUGGAGCCCACCAAGACGCACCGCCUCUCCAAUCCGGCACUGAAGGCCCUCCAGAAGAACGCAGUGCAGUCCUACGUGGAGCGACAGCAGCAGCAGCAGAAGGAGGAGCAGCAGCUGCUGCGUCCGCACUCGCAAUCCUACCAAGCGUUGCAUGUGGAGCGCAAGUCGCUGCCGAAUAACUUGAGUCCUAUAAUGGUGGGCCUGCCCACCGGCAGUAACUCCGCGUCGACGCGGGAUUGCAGCUCACCCACUCCACCACCACCGCCACGACGUUCGGGUAGUUUGCUGCCCAAUCUGCUGAGGCGCUCCAGUUCGGCUUCCGACUACGCGGAGUUCAGGGAGCUGCAUCAGGCACAGGGCCAGGUCAGGGGACCGAGCAUUAGGAACAUAAGCAGUGCCGAGAAAAUCUCCUUCAAUGACUGCGGAAUGCCACCACCGCCGCCGCCGCCACGAGGACGCCUGGCGGUGCCCACCAGACGCACUUCCUCGGCCACGGAAUACGCACCCAUGCGGGACAAACUGCUGCUGCAGCAGGCCGCCGCCCUGGCCCACCAGCAGCACCAUCCGCAGCAGCAUCGCCAUGCCCAACCGCCCCAUGUGCCGCCCGAGCGUCCGCCCAAGCAUCCCAAUCUUCGGGUGCCGUCGCCUGAGCUGCCGCCGCCGCCGCAGAGUGAACUGGACAUUAGCUACACCUUCGAUGAGCCAUUGCCGCCGCCACCGCCGCCGGAAGUGCUACAGCCACGCCCACCGCCCUCGCCCAACCGGCGGAACAGCUUCGCCGGAGCAUCCACACGCCGCACCGCCUACGCAGCACCACCGCCCACCGCCGUUGUCGCCGCCAAGGUGCCACCGCUGGUGCCCAAGAAGCCAACGAGCUUGCAGCACAAGCAUCUCGCCAACGGAGGAGGCAGCAGUCGCAAGCGCCCGCACCACGCGACUCCACAGCCCAUCCUCGAAAACGUGGCCAGUCCCGUGGCGCCACCGCCGCCACUGUUGCCGCGCGCCAGAUCCAGCGCCCAUGACAACGUGAUUGCCAGCAAUCUGGAGAGCAACCAGCAGAAACGAUCAAAUUCGAAGGCCUCAUACUUGCCGCGUCAGAGUCUGGAGAAGUUGAACAACACCGAUCCCGACCAUGGCAUCUACAAGCUCACCCUGACCUCCAACGAGGACCUGGUGGCCCAUACGAAGCCCAGCUAUGGGGUCACAGGCAAGCUGCCCAACAAUCUGCCGGAUGUCCUGCCGCUGGGCGUUAAGCUCCAUCAGCAGCCAAAGUUGCAGCCAGGAUCGCCGAAUGGCGAUGCGAACGUGACCCUGCGCUAUGGCUCCAACAACAAUCUGACUGGGAACUCCCCGUCGUCGGCACCGCCCCCCUACUAUGCGGGUGGCCAGCGGUAUUCAACUCCUGUGCUGGGUCAAGGUUACGGCAAGAGUCCCAAGCCCAUGACCCCGCAACAAUACACGAGAUCUCAGUCGUACGAUGUGAAGCACUCUAGUGCGGUCACCAUGCCGCCGAUGUCCCAGUCCCACGUGGAUCUCAAGCAGGCCGCCCACGACCUGGAGACGACGCUGGAGGAGGUGUUGCCCACUGCCACGCCCACGCCCACGCCGACGCCCACACCGACGCCCACGCCCACGCCGCCACGCCUCUCGCCGGCCUCCUCGCACUCGGACUGCAGCCUGAGCACCAGUUCCCUCGAGUGCACAAUCAAUCCUAUAGCGACACCGAUUCCUAAGCCAGAGGCGCACAUCUUCCGCGCCGAGGUGAUUAGCACCACCCUGAACACGAAUCCGUUGACAACACCACCCAAGCCCGCGAUGAACCGUCAGGAAUCCCUGAGGGAGAACAUCGAAAAGAUCACCCAGCUGCAGUCGGUGCUGAUGUCGGCGCAUCUGUGUGAUACGAGUCUACUAGGUGGCUACACCACACCACUGCUAACCAGUCCCACUGCCAGUUUCGUUAACGAACCACUGAUGACACCACCACUGCCGCCCAGUCCGCCACCGCCACUCGAACCGGAGGAGGAGGACCAGGAGGAGCAUGAUGUGCCCGACAAGCAGCCGGAGAUCGAAGAACUGCAGCUGAUGCAGCGCAGCGAAUUGGUCCUGAUGGUGAAUCCCAAGCCCAGCACAACGGAUAUGGCCUGCCAAACGGACGAACUGGAGGACAGGGACACGGACCUCGAAGCGGCACGCGAGGAGCACCAGACCAGAACGACUCUGCAGCCCCGACAGCGUCAGCCCAUCGAGCUGGACUACGAGCAGAUGAGCCGGGAGCUGGUCAAGCUUUUACCGCCAGGUGACAAGAUCGCCGACAUCCUCACACCAAAGAUCUGCAAGCCCACCUCGCAAUACGUUAGCAAUCUGUACAAUCCGGAUGUGCCACUGCGCUUGGCCAAGCGGGAUGUUGGCACCUCCACAUUGAUGCGGAUGAAGUCCAUCACGUCGUCCGCCGAGAUCCGAGUGGUCAGCGUGGAGCUGCAGCUGGCAGAGCCAAGCGAGGAGCCGACGAAUUUAAUCAAGCAAAAGAUGGAUGAGCUCAUCAAGCAUUUGAACCAAAAAAUUGUCUCCCUGAAACGUGAACAGCAGACGAUCAGCGAGGAGUGCUCGGCCAAUGACAGACUGGGCCAGGAUCUCUUCGCCAAGCUGGCGGAGAAGGUUCGACCCAGCGAAGCCUCCAAGUUCCGUACCCACGUCGAUGCCGUGGGCAACAUCACCAGUUUACUCCUCUCGCUUUCCGAGCGUUUGGCCCAAACAGAGAGCAGCCUGGAAACGCGCCAGCAGGAAAAGGGCGCGCUGGAAUCGAAGCGGGAUCUGCUGUACGAGCAGCUGGAGGAGGCGCAGCGCCUCAAGGCGGACAUAGAACGACGUGGAGUCAGCAUCGCCGGAUUACUGGGCAAAAACCUCAGCGCGGACAUGUGCGCCGACUACGACUACUUCAUCAACAUGAAGGCCAAGCUGAUCGCGGAUGCACGCGACCUGGCCGUAAGGAUCAAGGGCAGCGAGGAGCAGCUUAGCUCCCUCAGCGAUGCGCUAGUCCAAAGCGAUUGUUAGCCUGGCCAACAGCAAAUGGCCAACAGCAAAUGGCCAAUGGCUAAUGGGUAUGGACAAUGGGUAUGGGCCGAUUCGAUUCUCCCUGCUGUCAACUCAAAGUUGAGAGCCGAUCGAGAGAGUACGCAGGAUCGGCCAGUCCAGUCCGCAAUGUGAAUGUGUAUUAGUUUAAAACGAUGUGCUUAAUUACCACACCCACACUAUAAUGUAUAAAUAUUGUAUGUUCAUUUGUGAUUUUCAACUAGCUAGUAGGUUAAUUAUUCUAUAUAUCGGCCGCAUAGGUGUAAGCAUUUUCUACAUAAUUAUCAAAGCAAAGAUAUACCGUAUGCAUUAAUAAAAGUAUGAAAACUA